AUGACGAACUCCGUCGACCUUGCUAACGAGAUUCACGCUGCAUCACCUGACACACAAGCAACGAUACAGGAGAAGCAAACCAGUACAGAGAUUAUACAACGAGCAGACCAUGAAGACUCGUUCUCCAUACACGAGCGUAACAAAUCCACUCAUAAUAAUGAUCGUGAAACAUUUAGUGUAAAUUCCAACACACCGACACCCUUGACACCACCACCGCAGAAAAGAAUCACUGAAAUAACCACCAAAACCAAAACGAUUCUACGCAAAUACGCAUCAUUCAUUGGACCUGGACUAGUCGUUUCGGUCAGUUUCAUAGACCCAGGUAACUAUCAAACAUGUGUUACUGGGGGAAGCUCAAAUCAAUUUUCGCUUUUAUUCAUUGUGUUUUUAUCCAACUGUAUUGCAAUUUUCCUACAAAGUCUUUGCAUCAAAUUGGGGAGUGUUACAGGAUACGAUCUCGCUCGAUGCAGUCGAGAAUUUCUCCCGCGGAAACUAAACUUGUUGUUGUGGGUGCUUGCAGAAGCCGCCAUUAUAGCUACUGAUAUUGCUGAAGUUAUCGGUAGUGCCAUUGCCCUCAAUAUCCUAUUGCGGAUCCCAUUACCGGCUGGAGUCGUAAUCACCAUCGUGGACGUGUUGUUUGUGCUAAUGGCAUAUCGUGCAGACACGUCGUCGAUGAAGUUUGUGAAGAUAUUUGAAUAUUCAGUCGGGGCGUUGGUGGGUGUUGUUGUUGUGUGUUUUUGUAUACAAUUGUCCAAGAUCCAUGCUGACGCGAGAGAUAUUUUUAGAGGCUAUGUGCCGAGUAAACAAAUGUUUGAAGGGAGUGGGUUAACUAUAGCCACGUCUAUUGUUGGUGCCACAGUCAUGAUCCACUCUUUGUUUUUGGGUUCGGGUUUGGUUCAACCGAGAUUACGUGAAUAUGACGUCAAGAAUGGAUACGUCAAUUUGGACAAGCUUGUCAACGAUGACAACAAGAAUAGCCGAGAUGAGAAAUCCGUAACCUCUUUAGCUUCCACUUCCUCCUGCUCAGAUGAGGAAAAGAAGGAGUUGAAAAGAAAGCAAUACGAAAAAGAAGCUGACUUCUUUUACCACAACUACAAACCAUCUUACAAAGCCAUUAACUACUCCUUAAAAUACUCCAUAAUAGAACUCGCACUCAGUCUAUGCACAUUGGCUCUAUUUGUCAACUCGGCAAUUAUGAUAGUUGCCGGGGCAACAAUGUACGGAACUCCCGAAGCCAUGGACGCCGACUUGUACACUAUCCACGACUUGCUCUCUCGAUCCAUUGCCCCCGCAAUGGGAACAAUUUUCAUGGUUGCUUUAUUAUUUAGUGGUCAGAGCGCCGGUAUCGUUUGCACCAUAGCUGGACAGGUUGUAUCUGAGGGCCACAUCAACUGGACGUUGAAACCGUGGUUGAGGCGACUUAUUACGCGAUGCAUAUCGAUUAUUCCUUGUCUUGUGGUUAGUGUGUGCUUAAAGAGGGAGGGGAUGUCUAUUGCAUUGAACAUAUCGCAGGUUAUCAUUUCAAUUUUGUUGCCCCCCUUAACGGCACCAUUGAUUUACUUCACAUGUUCAAAGAAAUUCAUGAGGGUGAAGUUGAGUAAUGAUGAUGAAUAUCAACUAGGUGCGGGGAAAGACGUGUUUGUGGAUGAGAAUGGUAAUCGGUACAAGUACAUGACCAAUAAUUGGAUCACUACUAUAUGUGCGGUUGCUGUGUGGAUCUUGGUUUCGAUGUUGAAUAUUUAUGCGAUCUAUGAUAUGGCGAAAAAUGGUGUAGCUGGGUAG